AUGAAUUACCUUCUGAAGCUGCUGAAAUUUAAUUCCUCAUCUGGUAUUCCUAGUGUUUCUCUUGCACAAAUAGGUAGUGCACUUAAUGCCUUUUCUUGUUGUUUAAAUUCUACUCCAUGGAUCAUCGAUUCUAGAGCCUCUGAUCAUAUGACCAGCCUUUCUAAUCUUUUUAGCACUUACUCACCAUGUUCUAGAGUUGAAAAAAUUCGAAUUGCAGAUGGAGUUUCUCACCUAUUGCAGGAAAAGGACUGGAGCUCAGGGAAGAAGAUUGGCAGUGCUAAGAUAAUAGAUGAACUUUACUACUUUGAUGGUGACUUCUCCAGUAAUAAAAAGGGAAGAAUCACUACAACCGGGUACAAAAGUUCCCCUCUAUCUUAUACUCUGAGAAGACCUCAUCAAAAGAGUCAAAGUCAACAUAUUCUUCUUGGAAAUGAUCAAUCUCGACCUCCGGGAAUUGGACCUGCAGAUAUCAUUAGUAGUUUUGUUCCUAACUCAUUUACAGUUCCCGUUGUUUCUCCUAACCAAGAACCAUCAAACCUUGAUAUUCUUGUAGCUGUUAGGAAAGUUUAUAGAAUUCUCAAAUACCUAAAAGGGACCCCUAGAAGAGGUCUACUGUUAAAAAACCGCAGGCAUUUACAAGUUGAAGCCUAUACUGAUGCGGGUUGGGCUGGGUAUGCUAUUGAUAGACGGUCAACUUCUGGUUACUGCACCUUUGUUGGAGGUAACCUUGUCACCUGGCGAAGUAAGAAACAAAAUGUGGUAGCAAGAAGCAGCGCAGAGGCCGAGUUUAGAUCUUCUGCUCAUGGAAUUUGUGAGGUGUUAUGGAUUAAGAAACCAUUGGAAGAAAUAACGUCCUUCGGUGACAGGUCAGAAGAUAUCACACCUUCCAUAUUCACCAACAAGAGCCACUCAACAGAGUUAUUGGACUUAAUUGCCAUGGUACAAGCCACUUUUUUUCUAAUCCUUGCCCUCAUAUUUUACUGUUCUUGUUGUACUAAUGAAUUUUGCACUGCCAUAGACACAAUUACAUCUACUCAACCCAUCAGUGACACUGAAACUAUAAUCUCCGAUGGUGACACCUUCAAAUUGGGAUUUUUUAGCCCUGUUAAUUCUAGUAAAAGGUACGUUGGUAUCUGGUACAAUGAGAUCUCUGUGACGGCUGUGGUAUGGGUAGCGAAUUGGGAUAAACCUCUUAAUGAUUCUUCUGGGACUGUGACAAUAUCCAAGGAUGGCAAUCUUGUGGUCUUGGAUGGACAGAAACAGAUUGUUUGGUCAUCAGGUGUUGCACAUUCUUCUGUGAGUUCAAGUGCCCAGCUUUCUGAUUCCGGGAACCUUGUAUUGCGAGAUGACUCUAAUGGAAACAUAAUGUGGGAGAGUUUUGAACACCCUUCUGAUUCUUUCUUGCAGGGGAUGAAACUUAGUACCAACAGGUUUACAGAUAAGAAGACUCAGCUGACCUCAUGGAAAAGUCCUUCAGAUCCAUCCAAUGGAAGGUUCACCUUGGGCAUCAAUCCUCAGAAUAUUCCGGAAAUAUAUAUGUGGAACGGCAGUCGUCCAUACUGGCGGAGCGGUCCAUGGGAUGGGCAGAUUUUUAUCGGCAUACCUGAAAUGAAUUCGGUGUACCAUUUUAACACAUAUGAUGUUGCAGAGGAUAAAGAAGGGAACGUGUACAUAAGUUAUACCUAUUUAAAAGUGUCUCCUUUGUUAUUUAUUACCUUAAGUUCAGAUGGAAAUCUAAUGAAGAAGAACAAGAGUUGGGAAAAUGUGUGGUCGGCUCCAGAUAUUGAAUGUGAAGUUUAUGGCAAGUGUGGUCCAUUUGGGAGCUGCAAUGAGCACGGUUUACCAAUUUGCACCUGUUUACAAGGGUUUGUUCCAAAGCAUAUCGAGGAAUGGAGUAGAGGAAAUUGGACCAGUGGAUGUGUAAGGAGGAUACAGAGACAAUUGCAGUGUGAGAGAAACAACAGUGGUGGUGAAAAGGGCAAAGAAGAUGGGUUUAUAAAGCUAAUGAUGGUGAAAGUGCCGGCCUUCGCUGAGUUGCUGCUAUUUGCUCCUGAAGACAAGUGCAGAAGUCAGUGCUUGAAUAAUUGUUCUUGUAUAGCUUAUUCAUAUAAAAUUGGCAUUGGUUGUAUGCAGUGGAGUGGAGACUUAAUUGACAUACAGGAAUUCUCCGACGGUGGAGCAGAUCUUUACAUCCGUGUUGCAUAUUCAGAACUUGAAAAAAAGAGAAUAACAAAACUAGAUAUCACAAUUGCAGUGCUCAUAGGCUCAUUGACCAUUGCAAUCUGUAUCUUUCUUUCCUGGAUGUGGAUGGCUAGACCACGAGGAAGGAAGAAAAAGAGGGCGAAGUUAUUAUUUAAAAGAGGGGUAGUGAAUCCAGAUUGUUCAAAUGAAAGAAUGCUUGGAGAUAAUCUCGACCAAAUUAAACUCGAAGAGCUACCUCUUUUCAGUUUUGAGAAACUAGCAAUUGCAACAGACAAUUUUGAUGUGGCCAAUAAGCUUGGGCAGGGUGGUUUUGGUCCUGUGUACAAGGGAAAACUGUCUAGCGGACAAGAUAUAGCUGUCAAACGGCUUUCGAGAUCCUCUAGACAAGGGCUGGAGGAGUUUAUGAAUGAGGUUGUGGUAAUUUCCCAACUCCAACAUCGCAAUCUUGUUAGACUUCUUGGCUGCUGUGUGGAAGGAGAAGAAAAAAUGUUGAUCUAUGAAUACAUGCCAAAUAAAAGCUUGGAUGCAUUUCUCUUUGAUCCAAUCAAGCAAAGACUCCUAGAUUGGAGAAGAUGUGCUAUCAUUAUUGAAGGGAUUAGCCGAGGCCUUCUUUACCUUCAUAGGGAUUCUAGAUUAAGGAUUAUACAUAGAGAUCUGAAGACAAGUAAUGUUCUAUUGGAUGAAAAUUUAAAUCCAAAAAUAUCAGAUUUCGGCUUGGCAAAGAUUUUUGGAGGCAACCAAGAACAAGCCAACACUAGAAGGGUUGUUGGAACCUAUGGCUAUAUGGCCCCCGAAUAUGCAAUGCAUGGAAGAUUCUCAGAAAAAUCUGAUGUCUUUAGCUUUGGAGUAUUGUUGUUAGAGAUAGUAAGCGGGCGAAAGAACACUAGCUUUUACCACGAUGAGCACUCUUUAACCCUUCUAGGAUUUGCCUGGAAGUUGUGGAAUGAAGAUAGGAUCGUAAUGCUAAUAGAUCCAACAAUUUCCGAUCCAUGCUUCCAAGUUGAGAUCUUGAGAUACAUACAUAUAGGAUUGUUGUGUGUGCAAGAUUCUGCCACUGAUAGGCCAACUAUGUCGACCGUUCUUUUGAUGCUUAGUAGUGAAAUUGCAAAUCUUCCAACUCCAAAGCAACCUGCAUUUACUGAAAUAUGCAGUCUCUCAAAUAUACGGUCUUCUCAACAGAGCCAAAGGGGAUGUUCUGCAAACAAUGUAACUAUUACAACCAUGUAUGGCCGUUAGCAUGCAACUUCUUCUACUAUUCCUCUUACUAUCAUCCAUUAAGUACACUUUAAUUGGUUAUGCAAAAUGUUGUUUUGUUUUACAUAAUGUGUUCAUCAACUGUAUGA